UCCCAGCACAGCCACAGUGCCUCACCCUCUGCAUGACCCUUCCAGAAAUCACCAGUUCCUCUCCAUGCUCCUAAUCCCAGCUGGAGCAGGUCCCCUCCCCUCAGCAGGGCCGGAGUCCCUCUGGUCACCUGGUAAAAGCCUCUGGACACACAACCCGGCGCCCUCUGAUUGCCAAAUUCACCUUUCCACCCACGGCACCACAGAGCUCCUACCAGCAUGAAAACCAUCAUAGCAGCCUGCUCCCAGAAUCUCAGUGGCGGGGGUCGUGUCCCGCUCUCCACAGGCAGCCGGGCCAGCAUCCAGACUGCCCUGAGGACGCUGCUGGCCGUGCCCUGGCCCUCGCAGCGCGACAUCGGCUCCGCGCUCCAGCUGCUGGCCGUGCUGCAGUGGGUGCUCAGCUUCCUGCUGCUGGGAACCGUCAGCCUCCUGCUCCUCAUCUACCUGCUGUUCACCAGCCUCUGGCUCAUCCCCGUGCUCUACCUGGCCUGGAUAAUCUUCGACUGGGACACGCCGGAGAAAGGUGGCAGGAGGCUGUCGUGCCUGCGGCGAUGGACCGUGUGGAAGCACUUUCGGGAUUAUUUCCCGGUGAAGCUGGUGAAGACCCACGACCUGUCCCCCAGCCACAACUACAUCAUCGGCUCGCACCCCCACGGCAUCCUGUGCGUCGGCGCCUUCUGCAACUUCAUCACGGGCUCCACGGGCUUCGAGGAGCUGUUCCCGGGCAUCCGCUCCUUCCUCACCACGCUGGCCGGAAAUUUCCGCCUGCCCGUGUUUCGGGAGUACCUGAUGAGUGGGGGGCUGUUCCCGGUGACCCGCCGCGCCAUCGGGUACCUGCUGUCCCAGAAGGGCACCGGCAAUGCGGUGGCCAUCGUCAUCGGCGGCGCGGCCGAGUCGCUGUCCUGCCGGCCCGGAGUCACCACGCUCAUCCUCAAGAACCGCAAGGGCUUCGUCCGCAUGGCCCUGCGGCACGGGGCUUUCCUCGUCCCCUCCUUCUCCUUCGGGGAGAACGACCUCUUCCGCCAGGUGGUUUUUGAGGAGGGCAGCUGGAUGAGGAGCAUCCAGCGGCGCUUCCAGAAGAUGAUGGGCUUCGCUCCCUGCCUCUUCUACGGCCGCGGCCUCACCUCCUGCCGGUCCCGCGGCUUCCUGCCCUACGCCAGACCCAUCACCACCGUGGUGGGGGAGCCGGUGGCGGUGCCCAAGGUGGAGAACCCGAGCUGGGAACUGGUGGACCGGUACCACGAGCUCUACAUCAAUGCCCUGCUCAAGCUCUUCAACGAGAACAAGACCAAGUAUGGGCUGUCCGAGUCAGACGAGCUGCUCAUCCUCUGAGCGUCACAGCACCGGCCCUGUCCUGGCUCCUGAGGGCUCUUGCAGGGGGGAUUUCAGCCAGCCUGGCAUGGGGGACAUGGGGGACAGUCCCCAUUCUGGCCUUCUGGUCCUCCAACCUGAGGGGGAGGUGGGAGGAGAGGGGGAAGCGAGGGGAGGAUUGGGAAAGGCUCCCCCUGGCACGGGGUUUGGAGGGGCUGUGGGUGACACAGCUGUUCCCUGCGAGGGGCUGGUGUGGGGCUGGGGCCAGCAAUGGGCACGGUCCCCCGGGCUAACCAGGUCAUCACAAGCUGAGGGAGGGGUGUCAUGGGAGGGGGGAUUGGCAUGGGGUUUUUGGGGUGGCAUCCUGAUGACCAGUGGGACCAGCCUGGGGCACAGCCCACCCUGGGGUGGAAGGGGGACACUCCUGGGCUUGGGGACCAGAGGAUGUGGCCUGAGCCAGGACAAUGUGGCCCCAGAUGAGCUUUUCCUGCCAUAUCCAUACCCAAUACAGAUUUUGAACCUCCCAA